UACGUGUCAAGUAAGUAGCAAGACUAGUCCAACUCGUGGAAAAACAACCGUUUCUAUGUCCACGUGAAAAGUCGUGAUAUGACUUGACGACACAUAGGUGGCGUAAGGCUAGGUUCUCUCGUCUGUACCACCUCUCCGGCUGUGCUACCACACUCUCAUCUGUCAAAUUUACACAGUAUACUUAUCACCACUUCAGCCACCACCAUGCCACCAACCCGUUACACCAGCCGGGCCGUCGACGCCUCGCCUCUCGGCUCAUCCCUGCCUCUCCCCUUCUCCUCCGCCGUCCUGCCGAACCGAUUCAUGAAGGUCGCCAUGACGGAGCGCUUCGCGACUUGGGACCCCGACGACAUGAAUCUGAGCGGAAUCCCCACGCAGCAGCUCCUGGACUUGUACGGGCACUGGGGAGACGGCGGGUGGGGGAUCAUCGUGACCGGUAACAUAAUCGUAGACCCCACGCAUCUCGAAGCCCCGGGAAACAUGAUCCUCGCGCCCUCCCCGUCCUCCUCCCUCCCUUCUCCUAACACCAGUGCUGACACCGACCCGCGCUUCGCCGCGUACCAAAAGCUCGCCGCGGCCGGGAAGCGCGGGGGUGCCGUCUUCCUCGCGCAGCUAAACCACCCGGGCCGCCAGACCGAGUUCGCGCUCCAAGAGAACCCGGUCUCGGCGUCGGACGUGCAGCUGACGAAAGGGAUCGGUGCGCUGUACGCGUUCGGCAAGCCGCAUCCGGCGAGCUUAGACGAGAUCGCGCAUAUCAAGGCCGCGUUCGUGCGCGCCGCCGUGUACUUGGAGAAGGCGGGCUUCGACGGGAUCCAGCUGCACGCCGCGCACGGGUACCUGCUCGCGCAGUUCCUGUCGCCGACGACCAAUCUCCGGACCGAUUCCUACGGCGGCUCGUUGGCGAACCGCGCGCGCCUGAUCACGGAAAUCGCGGACGGUGUGCGCGGCGCGACGGGUCCGGAUUUCGUGCUCGCGAUCAAGAUCAACAGCGUCGAGUUCCAAGACGCCGGGUUCGCGGCGGAGGAGGCGGCGCAACUGGUGUCAUUGCUAGAAAUGCACCGCUUCGAUAUCAUCGAGUUAAGCGGCGGCACGUAUGAGGCACCCGCGUGGCAUCACAAGAAGGAGAGUACGCGCCGGCGCGAAGCCUUCUUCAUCGAGUUUGCGGAGCUGGUGGUUCCGCACGUCAAACGGGCUCGGACCUUCCUUACGGGAGGGAUCCGGACCGUAGGCGCGAUGGUAGACGCGCUAGAGAGUGGGUUAGACGGAGUCGGCCUUGGACGCCCGAGCGCGGCGGAACCGAAGCUGCCGAUAGAAAUACUACGGAGUGGAAAGAAGGGCUGUAUCAAGCCCCUAGUUGGCGACACAGACGUCCUCGGAGGGGAAGAAUCUUGGGCCGUAGGCGCUUCGUUGGCGGGGGCGCAUAUGCUCCAGAUAAGCCUAAACCAGCAACCAAUAGACCCGUCGGAUGGAGCUUCGAUAGACGGCUUCCUUAAGGGGUUUGACAAAUGGGUCGCAGCAUUCCCGGUAAGAUCGAAGAGAGAGGUGCUUGAUCAUGUUAGGAUCGAGUCGAUCGAUCCCAGACCUUACGGGGUUGUAGAACCACCGGCAGCUUGAGUCCAGGAGGCCAUAACACGAUUGACGGGUUGUGAGAGAGCAUAGGUUGCAUGCAGAGCGUCAGAACUGAGAAUAACACUCAUAACAGCACUGCAGAUAUCAAGAAAGAUCUUCGGUUGUUAUAUGUACCUAAGUAGGUAGUUAUGGUUGCAUGAGCAUAUCCAUCAGUUAGCUUGAGGGGAAGUCUUGAUUCGUAUGGCCACUCGGAAUGGGGUGUCAGAUGUUCUUAGCUCGCUAGAUCAGGGUGACAGCUCUUCUUAGCCAUUGCUUGUCGAUUCAAGACGCAUGUGCAUUCUUAGGUACAAAUGAUCGGCCUUCUUGGUAGCUCAUCGCAGCCUACCAUCCUAUUACGGCAAGGUU